GGUUUCCAGAGUGUGGUAUGCCGUUUAUACAAAAUCGAAAUUUUCUCCAGUCAAAAUCACAGGAUGGCCACGAUCUCAGGGAUGAAAGAUGUAAAAACAUCCAAUGCACCUAGAUAUGCUGCUACUACUACACCUCCUAUAACCUCUGCCGCAACAGAUGAUCCUUUGGCUGGUGCGCUCCUAGGAUUGGCUGAUGUCACGACGAAAUUUGCUAUUGCACAUCCAUGUAUGGUGCUUCGCCGACAAUGUCAAGUUCAUCAGAAUGCGCGGUAUCUGCAUCUUACCCCAUUUACGCUUGUACCUGUGGUGUGCAACAUGGUCUCGAAUGAGGGUAUUUUGACCUUCUGGAAAGGUUCCAUCGGAUCCUGUGUUGUAUGGGGUCUGUCAAACAUGACGGAAAUUGUCUUAGCUGACCUCCUUGGUUUGCCAAGGCAUGUUGUUCCCAAUGGCAGUACCGAAAAGUAUUGGAGGCACAUUUUGUUGAAGGCAAGUACAUUUUUCGCCAUGACUCCAUUCUUCAUUUCUGCUUUUACAGAAACAGUAAGGGUGAGUUUGAUACAGUUCUGGUGCUCGCAACUUUUAAAAAAAUUGUUGUGUUGCAGGUUCCCAAUUUUCGGCUCUCGUGAUCCAUCUCGUCGAUUCUCCGUAUUGCAUCUGGCAGUGCCAACGGUGAUCUACCGCACAUCGCACUACAUCAUCCAGACGAAGUUGCAUUACCAGUUCUUUAGAAUGGCUCGGAAAUACGUGGCCCCGGCAAAAGUGUUGGGUUUACUGAAAUUUCAUCAGUAUGUGCCUCAACUAUUUGCACAAAUGUCGUCUACGAUCCUUACCGAUCUUAUUCUGUUUCCAAUUGAGACGAUAAUGCAUAGAAUGUAUAUCCAAGGAACUCGAACGCUCAUUGACAACCUUGAUACCGGUCUUUCCGCCAUUUCCAUCAAUGCAAAAUAUAGCGGUUUUGCUGACUGCUUGCGAUCCGUACUGCAACACGAAGGAUUUUGGGCUUUAUACGGCGGUGUCGGAGCUCUAGCAUUGGAGUACCUUCUCCAUUCGCUGCUUCAUCAAAUCGUGCGAGCUUGUUUCGAUAGAGGAUCAGAGGUGGUUGACAGUUUAGGAGCGUUCGCUAGUUCUUUGAGGUCUUCAACAGGACCGCUUUCUGGUCCGUUCACUCAGCCUGUAUCUCCAGUAAUAAGUCCAAUAAAGUCAGUCUAUUUUUCCUUGUUUAAACUUUGCGAGCAAGUCAAUCUUUCUCCCUUCAAAAAAAUCUAUGUUGUCAAGGCGAAUUUCUGUUUAAUGCUGCAGUAA